GCUUGAUAAAGUGAAAGCGAAAGUAGAUCGCUAUGUUGUGUAACAUCAUUAGGCCUACUAGCUAGUCUAUGUGGUGUAGUUGAUUCAUUAAUCAAGAUGUAAUCUUGUUGAGCAGCUGUUUAUGAUUCAAUCUAAACACCCUUGGAAAGGAACCACAGGAUGCUGGAGACAGGGUUAGCUACCACAAUGGCUAGGAAUCUUCUGCGACAGUCCUACAUAAAAUCGCUGUGCGCCUCCCAGAAAAAAUCUCACAAAGCAGUAUUAAACCCGGGCACUUGGCGGUGCCAGCAUUCGAAAACAGCACCGCGAGAGAUGAGUGGCGUGAUGAAAGCAUGGCAGAUCCGGAGGUACGGCGGUAACGAUGAACUAAUGUGGUCAGAGUCCGUGAGGGUCCCUCGUAUCGUCCACCCUGAGGACGUCCUCGUCGCUGUGAAUGCGGCCAGUCUGAACAUGCUGGACAUCAGGAUGAGGGAGGGAUACGGCAAUGUAAUGAUAAACACUGUCAGGAACAGAGAUAGACUCCAUGCCCCACAGUCCGAGUUUCCUCUGAUUCUUGGAAGAGAUUUCUCUGGAACUGUUCUCAAGACAGGAAUGAGAGUGAAGAAAAUUAAAGUGGGUGACAAGAUCUGGGGUACAGUGUCUCCAUUCAGACAGGGAUCACAUGCUGAGUUCACAGUCACAUCAGAAUCACAGGUUUCCCUUCGACCACCCAGUUUAACUGAUGUAGAAGCUGCCUCGCUCCCAUAUGUGGUUUCCACGGUGAUGACAGCUCUUUGUGAUGUUGGAGAACUGAAACAGAGUAACACUGCCAAUAAAAGAGUGCUGAUAUAUGGAGGGUCAGGUGGCAUUGGGACUUUUGCUAUUCAGCUGAUGAAGGCAUGGGGAGCCAUCGUCACGACGACCUGUUCCACUGAUGCCGUUUCCCUGGUUACCUCCCUUGGAGCUGACUACGUAAUCGACUACAAAACACAGAAUGUACAGCAGGAGCUGAGAAACAUGAAAGGGUAUGAUCUCAUCCUAGACGUCCACGGAGGGGUGGACUUCUCCUUUGAUCUUCUGAAGAAAUGGAACAACUCGAAGUUAGUGACAAUAAAGACCCCAUUUUUACAGAACACAGACGACUAUGGAAUUCUCCCGGGGCUCCUGAGAUCUGGUGCCAAUCUCACAGCCAAUAUUUUACAGGGAUUGAAAGAUGGAAGAAGUUACAGAUGGGCCAUGUUCAAACCUAGCAGAAAACACCUACAGACCGUGAGACAGAUGAUAAAGAGAGACGAGAUCAAGCCAGUUAUCGACAACGUGUUUCCUUUUCUGGAGGCCGACAGAGCUUAUGAAAAAAUGGAAGAAGGACAUGCCCGGGGAAAAAAUGUCAUCACCAUGUGUACCUAGUCGUCUGUAUAGAAUAGUUUGUGUUUGUAUUGGUAUAUAACAGUCAUGUGACUUCACGCAUGUCGGAUAUAUGUGCCGAUUUAAUGGUCAGUGAUCACCAGUAUUUGAUAGUCAUAACUAUCCCUUCAGAUUAGAAUUUCGUUUAUUUCUUGUUAUAUGAUGUAUGUAUUGUUACAUGUGCAUGUAUAAAAUAAAUAUUAGAAAAUUACCUUUAAUAA